AUGGAACCAGCUUUGUAUCUAGGUGACAAUACUAACAAGUUCUCUUUUCUGGAGAAGCCCUCGAAGAUUCCUAAUAAUCCCUCUGCCUCAUCGACCUCUACUUUUUUUUUUUGUAUAAUAAAAUCGACCUCUACUUCCGACAAGAAUAUUGGGUUCAACAUGGGUUUGGAUGUACUUGGUUUUGGUAGUCAGAGAUCGUUGUCAUCCUCUUCGUCCCCGUCGGUAGAAGAUGAGAAGAAGUAUAAGAGUAAACUAACACAAAGAGCAAAUUAUUCUGAUGGAGUUAGGGUUUCAUCUUCCGUUGAUCCGUCACUACAGCUUCAGCUUCACUUACCUUGGAUCCCUGAGAACAGAGCACCUACGGUGGCAGAGCCUAGUAUGCCAGUGUCCCCUCCGGAUAGUGUAACGUCGUCGUUUCGAUUAGAUUUUGGGAUUAAGAGUUAUGGUUAUGAGAAAAGAAAUAAUAAAAGAGAUAUGGAAGAUGAGGUUGAAAAAUCUACUUCAAGAGCCAGCAACGAAGACAACGAUGACGAAAAUGGAGCCAUCAGAAAGAAACUGAGGCUCUCUAAAGAUCAAUCUGCAUUUCUUGAAGACAGCUUCAAAGAACACAACACCCUUAAUCCUAAGCAAAAGAUUGCGUUGGCAAAGCAGUUAAAUCUUCGUCCUCGUCAGGUUGAAGUUUGGUUUCAAAACAGACGAGCGAGGCGGAGAAGAUGACGACGCGAGACCCUGUUCAGAAACAGAUGGCUACACAGAAGAAAGAAGCAAAGAUUAACCAGGCUGAGAUGCAGAAGAGAGAAGUGCGUGAGCACAACGCUGCCAUGAAAGAAGCUGCUGGAGGUGGAACCGGAACCGGUUUAGGUUUGGGGUCAGCCACUCACUCAACCACUGGACACGUCGGACAUGGGACUGGGACCCACAAGAUGUCAGCUUUGCCUGGUCACGGAACGGGACAAGCAACCGGACACGUUGUUGAGGGAACGACCUUGACAGAACCUAUCGGGACAAACACUGGAACUGGUCGGACCGCUGCUCAUAACGCCCACGUUGGUGGUGGCACCACUGGGUACGGAACUAGUGGAGGAUACACUGGAUAAGGCGAUUUCUCAUAUAUAUGCUUUUGUGUGUUCAUAUUGCUUUUCGGGUCCUACCUUUUGUUUUCUCUCGUAAUAAAUAUGGGUUUCUUUUCUUGUUUUUUUGGUCUGGUGACAGACUUAACGUUGUGUCUUUAUUAAUAAUAAUUAUGUUAAUUUUCAGUAA